UGGCUUUCUCUCUCUGCCCUCCGUGAUCCACAUAGCAUCUACAAAGCCCGGAUUACACUUGUACAGUGUCUUUACAUCCACACCCAAAUGUGAUCUUGUUUCGUACUCAUCCAUACACGUGAUCCUUCAAUGCAGUACAGAGCUGUCAUCCAUGCUGAAUCAAAGGUUGAAAAAAUGCCUCCGCCUGGAAUCUAACCCAGGUCCCCGGCUCUGAACGCCAAUGCCUGAACCACUAGACCACGUAGGUGGGCCAGCCGUUAGGCGAGAUCGAUAAACCGGCAGUGGUAAACCUAGCAAACAUGGGAGUACCCGCCUCACUCAAUUCAGGAUGAAGCGGUCCUCUCCCAUGGAACCCAAAGGACAGAACUUCAGCGUCCACGAGAAACUCCUGCUCCUAGAUCUGAUCUCCAAACAUGGUCGCCAGCUCGUAGAAGAGAACGACACCUUGUCCAUAUUCCGUCGCUCCCGCAUCUGGCGCAUCGUCUUUGCGGAGUUCAAUCACCACCAUUCCGUCACCCAAAGAACGGAGAAGCAGCUUCGGCUUCUUUGGAAGAACCUGAAGGCGAGGUGCAAGCGGGAGUUUCGCCUCAAUGCCAGCAAGUACAACUCUCCUGGGUAUGUCAUAACAGAUCCGCUUCUGAGGAAGAUGAGUACCCUGAUCGGAACAGAUGGCGAUGCUCCUGCUCCAAGCAUAGGCCGAAGACUUACCCAUGAGAGUGGGAGGGUAUGGCCUCAACCAUGUUCAGUGAAUUUUGAUCGAACCAAUAUGGCCGCACCCACCCGAGAUUCCAUUCACCUAACAGGAACUACGAGUGAUUCAAGUCAGGGUCAUACAUCGACUACUCAUAGAGUUACAGCUGAGCAAAGUAGGUCUGGGGAAAUUUCCAAGGAACUUGCUGUCAGCAGGAGGAAGAAGGCCAUACCAAGAAAAGCUUCAGAGUCGGUGAAAGCGGAAGUGAUAGAGAUUGAAGAUGAUGUCGUUAAAAUUGAAGAAUCCGAGGAUAUUUCAGAACGUUUCUAUGAGGGCAUUCCUGAAAAUGGCUCGAACAACCAGCAGGAGAGCGACAGCGGUUGGCUUGAAGACCCUCCCGGGCCGUCAUCCGACGCGUCCAAAACGUAUCUUCAGGAGGAACUCUCAUCUGUUGGUCCUGGACCGGAACCAACCCUCGAGACUGUCCCACGUGAGACAAUUCCCCAGAACAACCUCCAUCACCACAUGCCAAUCCGCACGCGGAAACCACUCCUGAUCCAAAGUCAACUCCACGGACCAUCUGAACCUGAUGAUUAUUUUGAAACUCUGGGUGGUGGAAGGGGCGAGGGCUCCCUACUCAAUGAUCAUCGGCAAAGUCACCAUGCAGAUCUCGAAGUUACAGACAGCAGGGAAUGCAGCCCUCUUGAAAAGGAGAUGUUGGUCAUGGCGAGGAAGGAGCACGAAAUGAAAAUGUCCACGAUGUUACUGAAAAGAAAGCAAAUCAUGCAGAUCAAGCGUCGCGAACACCUAGCGAAGAUGGAGAACUACAAAAUGACCAAGGAGAUACUACGGCUCAAGAAACGGAAAUACGAACUUGAAAUCAGGAACGGUCUUUACCUUGAAGGAGUAGAAGAUGAGCUCGAUUCUUAAUGUUUGGGGAGUAUUUGUAGAUUACAUUCACCAUGGGGGGUGUUUCAUGAAAGUUGUCAGCACUGACUAAAUUUUCGGUGCUGACAAUUUCAGUGAAAUCCUUGGUUUUGAAUGGCUGUUAGGCACUUGCCUCUGACUGUUACUAUGGUAACUGUCGGAGAAAACCAACUUGUCAGUGCUGACAACUUUCAUGAAACGCUCCAUGUCCUGCGAAGAUGAACUUUUUUGCAAUCAAGAUAGUAAAAGCUCAGAUACACUGCAAAAAAUACUGGUGUUAAUUUAACACCAGCUCGGUAUCUAUGAAAGAAAACACCUGAGAGGUGUUGAAACAGCACCACUUCGGCUUUAGGCUAACACCAGAUAGGCAUAAAACACUAAUCAGUGUUAGACCAAUCGAUUUGAUUCUAAACUGGUGUUGUUUCGACACUUUUCUGGUGUUUUCCGAUAUAGAUACCGGGCUGGUGUUUUUGUAGUGUAGUAGGGCGUGAGUUUGAUCGAGAUUAGAAGUCCAACUCGAGAAUAAGUAGAUUGUUCUGAUCAUGUCCUGUCAAGACAUGGGUAAACCUUUCAAGUACCACGCCAUCUGCAAUGAAGGUAUGGAGGUUCAGAAAGUAGGGCGCCCUCUUUAUCCAUGCGAUGUCGUGGGUUUGAUCCAGAUUAUAUAGAAGUCCAACUAAAUGUAUCGAGAGUAUUUGUUGCACUUACCAUGAUUGUCUAGUUUUCUCAUGGGCUUUUCUUCAAAGCACCAACCCCAUCUACAAACAAGAUGUGAAGGGAAAUAUAGUAGGGUGCCUUCUCCAUCAGCGCGAUGUCGCACUCUUUACCGGCCGAGUACUACUUUUAAAAUAGGUAAACAUUGAAAUUAUUCUUGCCAUUUAACCCCAAUUAGAUUGGUAUUUUGGAGGCUGGAGAGGAAUAAAACUCGUAAACUGCUAUUUUUGGUAGACGCUGACCUAAGAAUUUAUUUAUUUAUUUAUUGAAUGUACAAUAAAAUAAACGCGGUAUCAGAUUUUCUUUUCUAUUCUAUAGUUUUGAAAUGUAAUUAUCUCUAUGUUUCUUUUCUUUUUGUUAUUUUCUCAUGUUUUUCGAUGAAAAUCGUUGGCAGAACCAAGAACAAAUAACGUGACAUAAUUCAUAAUUGACAAAAAUUGUCAUGAAUAAUAGUAAAAAGAAUGACACAUUUAUGAAUAUUGGCCCCAUUUGCGAUUGAUUUGUAGCAAAUCACGUUUUUGAGCAAUAUUUUGGAUCUUACAUGCUCUGCAAAAUGUUUCGUGAUUUUAGAACGCCAUACGUGGUCUCAAAAUUUUCGCGGUAUCUGAAGGGAAAAAACUCAUGAGACGCAUCGCGGCGUUAGCUUUUAAGUUUCUGACUUAACACGAAAUGUGUUGAGUGAAUGAGGGGAGGGGUUUCGGCUUUAAAGAUAGGGCCUACAGUGGAAGAUAAUUAUUAAUAGAAGCUUAAUAGUUGCAUACGCAACACACUGAAAACAAAACCCGUAAGAGAGCCUACUCUUGGUAGCCAAGACCAGGUAAAGUUUCAUAUUACUGUAAUCAAUAUAAUUUAUUCGAUAUCGUGGCUAGCUGCUGAUGUCAGAUUUUAGAUGAUCAUAAUUUAAAUUUAAUUUAAAUUUUGUUUGUUCUUUAGUAUAUCAUUAUCAUUUUGUCUAUGCAUUUUGUUAGAUUUUGUUGAUAGAUAUUGUGAGAAUUUUGUGAUAUGAUAUUAAUAUUUAUUGUGAUCACGGCCCGAAUUUCGCUGCCUGAUGGGGAGCGUAACAUUGACAUUUUUGUCCGACAAUUCAGAUUUGAUAUCUUUCAUAGAUUUUGAUUGGCUAAGAGGCACUGUUGCUAUGGUAACUUUCAGAUAAAAUGAGAUUUGUCGGAUAAAACAUCCGACAAAUCCUUUCAUGAAAUGCUCCCCUGCGUUCCUUGUACGAUGAAGAUGGUCGAAUUUUCAUACAUCUUCAUCUAUUUAUCAGUAUGAAUUAUUUGUCAAGCUUUCUGUAUUCUGUUCUUUCCUUCCGUAUCUUCUGUCAUAGAGAUACAGCUACCUGAGAUUCUUUUCCCACUCUGCAACAACGCCAUAUACGAGGGGCGACUGAAAAGUUUUGAGCCUAACAUAAGACACGAAGACCACAUUUGGUCCUUAACAUUUCUGUAUCAGGUGUCUCACGAAAAAUUGACAAACCUGAAUAUCGUCAUCAAGCUUCUGCAGCUGAAAGGCAUGACCCCAGCUGAGAUGUAACCUAUCCAGUUUUUUGGAAGAGUUAUGGAUGAGACUUGGGUUCCUCAUUAUCACCAUGAGACCUAAGAUUUGUUAAAACAAUGGAAACAUCCUGUUUCUGUUUAUGGUGACUCCCGUAGGAACUCGGCAGGACAGCAUUUUGCUGGUAAACGCCAAGCUGGUGUAUAACCAAUUUACCUAGGAAACGUUUUACGUCUAGGUUAAUCAGUCAUAGUGGCUGACCUUAUAGACGACAGAUAUUACUCUUGGGCCUUUUUAUCAAAGUGGAGACAAUGGCAGAGUGGGGGUUCGAACUCACAACCUUGCGAUUAUGAGUCCAAUGCUCUAACCGCUGGACCACACGUUUUUUUUUCAUUGGAAAAAAUCAAUUUUUCAUUGGAAAAUAUACAGGAUCCUGUAAACUCAGAUUCAAUAUAUGGGUAUGACCAAGAGAAUUGUUUGGUAGGUUAAAAGAAUGUGACAGAUUUCAUGGACCAAAUUUGGUCUUCAUACUUUAAUCAUUUUUAUGUAGGGCUCAAAACUUUCCAGUUGCCCCGCGUAUGGUUAUAACUAUAGGCGAUGAUUUCGUGGGAGUUUGGACCAUAGGGGGGGGGGCGAGACGACCCUCUUCCCUGUAGGCUGCUGUACAAAACCUGAAAAUCGAGUCGACUAGAAAUGAUUGUGAUUCCGUCGACACGUUGAAAAGGGUGAUACAAAGAAAAGAAUAUGACAACUUUGUGAUGAGUAUUAAACAAACUAAAGUGGUAAGUCAUAUUGAUCUUGCGCUACGUCUGUCCUUGCUGAAUCUAUCUCUCACACAGUGCAAUUCACAGAUUUUGUAAAGAUAAGUAAUUAAGGUCAUUUGGAGGUAUUCAUUUCAGUCGAUCAAAAUAGGUUCAUAUAACAACUAGAGCAGCUUCUCUCAAAUGACCUUCCUUUUUUUUAAUUAUAUCGGUACUCAAUUAGGUUUUUAAAGAUGUUAUGUAAGCUUGCCUGGCAUACCAAUCAGUGAUAUUCAACUCUUAGCUUGUCACCUUGUCUAUGCAGUAAUUAUUAGACUAAUAAAAUAAUUGUUGCAUAUACAAGGUGACAUCGUAUGCACUUAAAUUGGUAGACUUUCGAAACUCUUUGUAUUUUUCAACUUGUAUUUAUAUUUAUGAGAUAUUUUGUGUUGUACAUAUAACUUAUUCAUGUAUGUAGGUUCUGUGAUAAAAUACGCCUCGUUUCAAUUAGAA